CUCUCUCACUCUCGGGUUGCGACUCCGCACGGAACAGCCUCUGAGGUUCGUUCUUUCAAUCGCGCCUUCGAAAUUCAUCGGCGAUCCUCGCUUGUCUCGCCAAUUUUGCACUGAAAGGUGAGAGCUUUCCUUCAGAAAAUCCGUAUUUUCAAUAACCCAUAACCCAUUAUGCUAAAGGAAUGCGUCAGUGCGCACCAUCGAUUCUUAGGCUCAAGAAGAGCGAUUACUACAUGUGCCAUCCCAUUCUUGCAAUGAAAGGUGAGAGCUUUCCUUCAGAAAACCCAUAUUUGCAACAACCCAUUAUGCUAUAGAGAUGCGUCAGUGCUCACCAUCGAUUCUUUAGCUCAAGAAGAGCGAUUACUACAUGUUCCCUUCAUUCUUGCACUGAAAGGCGAGAGCUUUCCUUCAGAAAAUCAAUAUUUCCAAUAACCCAUUAUGCUAAAGAGAUGCGUCAGUGCUCACCAUCGAUUCUUUAGCUCAAGAAGAGCGAUUUCGACAUGUGCCCUCCAAUUGGAAGCUCCUGCUUCUGCAACUUCUGGCAAUUCGGCUGAUCAUAAGUCCUUGACUCUGUCUUUGUUGGAGCAGCUCAUUCGGCGGGGGCAGUUCUCAUCCGCACAGAGCGUGGUCCAGCGGAUAAUAACUCAUUCUCCAUUGGCUCUCGAUGUGAUCUUGGUGGUCGAUUACCUCACUUCGCGAGGAUUGGACCUCGACUUGAAUAGCCACAGUGCGCUUUUGCGGAAACUCGUGCAGUGUGGGGUUAGUAUGAGGAUUGGUUGUUAUAAUCAGUUGAUAGACUCAUUGUGUUUUAAGGGAUACAUGGAUGAAGCAGUUAAGGUAUUCUGCCUGCAGCAGGAGAUCACGGAGCUUCCCCCGACACUCCAUCAGUAUAAAUCAUUGUUUUAUGGUCUUUGUAAGGGAGGGCGGAUUGUGGAGGCGGAGCAACUAUCAAUAGAGAUGGAAGCAGAAGGCUUUUUUGUCGAUAAAGUAAUGUAUAACUGGCUAAUUUUUUGGUAUAGCAAGGAUAGGAAAAUGAAGAUGGCAGUGAGGAUUUUCUUUCGGAUGCUGAAAUUGGGUUGUGAGGUAGAUGAUUAUGCCUAUAAUACAUUAAUUAAUGGGUUCAUGAAGUGGGGUAUAUUUGAUAAAGGCUGGGCAAUAUACAAACAAAUGGUGGACUGUGGAAUGCACCCUAAUGUGGUUACUCACCACAUCAUGAUAAGCAACUAUUGUAGAGUAGGGAAAGUGGACUGUGCAUUGAAGCUGUUAAAUGAGAUGCUUGUCUGCGAUAUAACUCUUGGUGUGCACUCUUAUACAACUUUGAUUGCUUCACUUUACAAGAAAAACAAGUUGACUGAAGCAGAUGAAUUGUGCAAAAGGAGGUUGGACAAUGGGGUUCUCCCUGACCCUAUUUUUUUUCUUGUUGUCAUAAGGAUGCACCCGAGAGGGUGUGAACUUCAGCUUGCUUAUAUGAUGUUGCAGGCUAUUGGCCAUUCUGUGUCCUUAGCUUCUAAUACCUGGGAUGGCAGCACGGAUUUUGGGCAAAACAUUGAGUAUCUGCUUGAGGGAAUUGCAAAAAAGGACUUGAAUCUGGCCAGUAUUGCUUUUACUAUUUGCGUUAGUGCUGUAUGCGAGAGAGGAGAUAUUGAUGCUGCCAUUCUCCUCGUGGAUAAAGCAGAUAGUGUUGGAUGCCAACUGUUGCUUUUUACAUACAAUUCACUGAUCAAGUGUCUAUGCCAAAAAGGGCUAUUUGAGGAAGCUGAAUCCCUCAUUCAUCUAAUACAGGACAGGGGUAUAGUACCAGACUUGGAAACUUACUUAAUAAUGAUAAAUGGUUAUUGCAAGCAAGGGAAUUUGCAGUCAGCCUAUCGUGUCAUGGACCAAAUUAGUGAGAGAGGACUGAAUCCCUGUGUCGCCAUGUAUGACUGCAUUAUAGGUUUUUUAAGCAAUAAAAAGAGAAUUUUUGAGGCAAAAGACCUUUUCAAGAGAAUGCUCGAGGAUGGUGUGGAUCCUGAUGAGACUAUAUACAUGACGAUGACAAAUGCUUAUGCCAGAAGCAGAAGACUUCUUGAAGCUAGAGAAUUGUUUGAUAAAAUGAUUGAAAAUUCUAUCAAGCCAAGUUCAUAUUCAUAUACUGCUCUUAUAAAUGGUUUGGUAAAGAGAAAUAUGACCGAGAAGGGGUGCAUAUACCUUGAUAAGAUGAUUGGAGAUGGUUACGAGCCAAAUAAUGUGCUCUAUGCGUCCCUUAUUGGCCAUUAUUUAAGGGAAGGAGAUUUUGAAUCUGCCUUCAUGCUAGAUGAUUUGAUGUGCAGAAACCAUAUCAAAUGUGAUCUUAUCACCUAUAUUGUUGUGUUACGGGGUGCAUGCACGCAUAUCAAUGGCAUAAAGAAUAAAGGGGCAUCACAAGUAGAGCAUCUUAUAGAACAAGAAAAAUGCUAUUCGAUUUGCUGCAGAGUAGGAGUUUGGCAACAAUUGAUAGAAACCUUAAAGUUCCUGUAAAUUUGCCGGAAGCAAUGAAGCACUUUGUGUUGAAUCUGUGCAAGAAAAUUAAGGAUAGUGAAUUUAUGCCGAAUCUGUUCCUAUACAAUGGCAUAAUAUCUGGUUUCUGCCGAGCAAACAUGAUUGAGGAUGCCUAUCACCAUGUUGAGUUAUGCAAAGAGAGGGGUUACAUCCCAAUCAGGUGACCUAUACAAUUCUGAUAGGGGGGCACAUAAGUCAAGGUGAAAUUGAUAGUGCUGUUGGCUUAUUCAACAAGAUGAAUGCUGAUGGUUGUCUUCCGGAUGGACUUGCAUACAAUAGGUUAGUUAGAGGCCUUUGUAGUUAUGGAAGGCUGUUGGAUGCAUUGUCACCUGUUUAUGCAAUGCAUAAGAGGGGUUUAUUUCCGAGUAAGUUGUCUUAUACAUGUUUAUUGAACAACCUUUGCUCAAGCGGAUUGAAUAUUCUCGCCUUCAAGAUAUUUGAAGAAAUGCUUUCCCAUAACUUCAUUCCGAGCCUUCACUGCUCUAAUUUGCUGCUUUCCAACUUACGUGUAAGUGGGAGGUGGCAUGAAGCUCAAGUAGUCCACUAUUUGAUGCACAAAGAGGAAAAUGUCUCUGGACAGCUCAAUGAGAGGGUUUUUGAUUGACUCAUGCUACAUAUAAGGAGAUCUCCAUCUUCAAGAAAACAAAAUGGUUUUGUUAUGGGGGAGCUUACUAGAAGUUGGUAUUACUCUAUCCCCGGUCCUUCUUUAUCAGUUGCCAUUUCAAUUGGCAAUCUUAAUCAUUGGAAAAGUUAGAAACUUAUCGGUAGGGGCCAUCUCACCCUCUUACCGGAGGAGGAAUCUCUUCUUGCACUUCUCCACUCGUGAAAGACAUGGUUGUACUGCUUUUGACUAUUUGAUCAUUAUGAUCUGGCUCUAUGCAUUUUAAGGUGGAUGUUGCUGUACAAUCAUUUGGAUUCUGGACAAUAAGCUCUUUGCACAAUAACUCAGCAAAUGGUAAGGUCAUAGUAGUUAAUUGGAAGUUUCCUCCUGGUCCAAUGUACGUCUAAUUACAACGUCAUUGUAAACUUACUGAAUCAGCUGGACAAGACCUCCUCAUGGCAUGGUGGGUUUCCAUGGAAUUGUGUUCCUAUAGUUUGGACCCAUUUCUUUGGUGAGAAAAAGAACAACUUUGGUCAGUGAUGGACUGGCCAGAAUCGAAUGCGGGAUAAUUCAUGGCAAGAAGGUAUUUGUGGAGCAAUUUGUCUGAUCCCUAACAUUGAGGUGGACCUAUCAAUUUUAGGUGAAAGAUCGGGUCACAGCUACCUUUACUUUCCAUUUCUGAAUCUGCUAGAGUAUCAGCAAUUUCCCCAACUUGCUGAAAUUUCGGGUGAAUCAAUUGUAUUGUUACGGUGUGAAGACUCCUGAAGAACUUGCGCAGCUGAAUGCGAAGUUGAACAAGAUCCCUGGAUGGGCACAUUUCAUUUGUAACAAAGCAGAGGUUCAUAUUUUCCUGAAUUUUAUGUCUUCCUCUGCAUUAGGUAUAUAAUGAAUAUGUUGCUUGUAAAAUUCUGUUGUUUGUGUGAGAUUCUUUUCUUUAUUCCUUGUGAUAAAGUAGAGAAGACUAUGACGAACUAUGAAGUUUAAGAUCUUUCAACAUUGUAGAUGGAUAUUUCAUGUUUCGAGAGGAGUGCAUAUCUUCUUUGGACCAGAUCGUUUUCUGACUUAAGUGCCCAGAACUAAAACAACUGCCAGUUUCUUCUGAAUUAAGAGAGUGCGAUCACCAAAUUCAAGGGGCGGUGGAAAUCAUCCAGGGUUAGGUCUGUUCCUUCAAAGAAAAGAUCUAUGGAGAUGCUAGAUAUAGAGAAUGGGAUAGUAGAAGCAUGCUCUUGAGAAAUUUAUCAUUGGAACAGCAGCAGAUGAAUGCUAUUUUAUGUACGGAUUAAUCGUGACUUGAGCUUAUAUAUGUAGUAGUAUAGACCUGGAGGCAUUUUUGUUGACGAAUGCAAGACCUCUGAAGUCGAUAGGCUGCUUUGAGUCCUUGUCUUAGCUUAGUGACACUGCUCAAAUAUUUAGCAUAUGAUGAAUCUGCAGUGGGAUGAUGCAACUCAAAUGCACAAAAGCAAUACUUGUCAAUCAGCACCUGGAUCCAUGUUUUUAUGUAUGGUUUAUCUGCAAGGGACAACUAAUUGGGUCAGGAAACACAACCACUACUUCACAAGGUGUAGCCUAUUACUUGAUGUAUUGCUCAAUGUAGGAUUUUUAAGAAGCAUGAACAUGAAGAUUAUCACAAAGCAAGUUUUCUUUUUACGUACUCAUUCUUGGUACUUUUAAAGGGUGGGGACUGUGGUAAGGCUUCAAGUCAGUGUUAGCAAAGAAGUGACCAUGACAAAUUCCUUAGACAUAGAUAUGUAAACUUUCACCUUAUUUAGCUGUAAGAACAUUCAUGAAUUUUGAGGAACAUGUAGAGAACUACAAAUUAAGUUAUUGAAACAUGAAAGAUGUAACAAGAACAGCAUGGGAAA